CACGGGACACCAACCACAUUGUAGUGUCCAUUCUUGAUUAACUUCGACCUACGAGGAAUCAUAGAUAUUGUAGCCGAGUUGACACUGUAUCUUAUGGCAUUGCUGGAUCAGGAUAGGAUGGCUGACUCUAGAACGGUAUAAGCGCCAGUAGAGAGCCGAGAUGGGCGGGAAGACAAUUGGCGACCCCGCUACUCUCUACCGCACACAACGCCGACCAGGCUCUGGGAACAGCGUCCAGUUGACUAGAAGCCGUAGGAGUCAGGGUGAUCGAGUUCCCUGGUUCCGUGCCGCACGUUCGAAGCGUGUACAGGGAGAUACGAGCUUAUGAAGCGGGGGAAGGGCGCGCGUUAGAGUUGAUAGCGAUGUCGACCCACAGCGUUCCCCCCACGAUCCGAGGCAGCACGCCGCUUCACUGGAUAGUCGUGCCCAAGCCAGGCGUGGUAUUUGGCGGCGCCACAAAUUCAAGCAGUAGCAAACAAGAACAGCGCUCGCGACCGCCUUCUGUUCUUCCCCCCGUUCCAUUCCUCGCAGCUAUCCAGGUAGCGCAGGCCACCCCGUCGUCCUCCCCAUCCCCCCCACCGGUUCCUCUCUCGCCCCUCUCACCUCUCUCACCUCUUUCCUUUCCACUGGCAGUCAUGUCCGACUACGGUUCGACCAACGGUGACGCGUCCGUCUCGCUCUCACCGAGGGCCAACGCAUCCUCUCCUUCUUUGCAGCAGCUUGCGCCCGAGCAGCAGCAUGGUCUUUCUCCCAUUAUUCGGAAAAAGCUGAUGGGCUUCGUUGGCUUCGCCAACCUCCCGAACCAAGUCCACAGGAAGAGUGUCCGCAAGGGGUUCCAGUUCACCGCUAUGGUCGUUGGCGAAUCUGGCCUCGGCAAGUCGACCUUGAUCAACACCCUCUUCAACACCACGCUCUACCCGCCCAAGGUGCCCGUUCCUCCCAGCGCGGAGCGCCCCUCGACCGUCGCUAUUGAGAGCAUCAGUGCUGACAUCGAGGAGAACGGUGUCCGCUUGCGCCUGACUGUCGUCGACACGCCUGGCUUUGGAGACUUCGUCAACAACGAUGAGUGCUGGAAGCCCAUCGUGGAGAAUAUAGAGGCGCGUUUUGACUCGUAUCUCGAGCAGGAGAACCGCGUCAACAGGCAAAAAAUCGUUGACAACCGCGUCCAUGCCUGUCUCUACUUCAUUCAGCCUACCGGUCACUCGCUCAAGCCUAUUGAUAUCGAGUUCAUGCGUCAACUUCACACCAGGGUGAACUUGAUUCCUAUCAUCGCCAAGGCCGAUACCCUCACAGACGAGGAGGUCGCUGACUUCAAGGCCAGGGUGCUUGCGGACAUUGCGCACCAUAAGAUUCAAAUCUUCGAGGCGCCAACAUACGAGAACGAGGACGAGGAGGCCGUUGCGGAGGCCAAGGAGAUUGCCAGCAAAAUUCCGUUUGCUGUCGUUGGCUCCGACAGGAUUGUCAAGACUCCUGAUGGCCGCGAGGUUCGCGGCCGUGCGUACCCGUGGGGUGUCGUCGAGGUCGACAACGAAGAUCACUGCGACUUCGUCAAGCUCCGCCAGAUGCUCGUUCGCACCUAUAUGGAGGAGCUCCGCGAGUACACCAAUGAUGUUCUCUACGAGAACUGGCGAACAGAGAAACUUCUCAGCAUGGGUGUCGUACAGGAUUCGACCGUCUUCAAGGAGAUUAAUCCUGCUAUCCGUAUCCAGGAGGAGCGUAUCAUGCACGAGGCUAAACUCGCGAAGAUGGAGGCGGAGAUGAAGUUGGUCUUCCAGCAAAAGGUGCAGGAGAAGGAGGCCAAGCUUAAGCAGUCCGAGGAGGAGCUCUAUGCUCGUCAUCGCGAGAUGAAGGAGGCGUUGGAGAAGCAGCGUCUUGACCUCGAAGACAAGAAGAGGCGGAUCGAGAGCGGUCGCCCGCUGACACCCGAGAAGCAGAGCACCGGCAGGAAGAAGAACUUCUUGCGUGGAUAAGGGGUCUUUGGGAAUGUAUCUUGCAUUUUGAUUUCGCUUGCUCUGUCUCAGUGGUGUUGCCUUACUUAGUCUCCUAUAUUCUGCCGUUUUGCUGCGCUGCACUACCGUACAUCUCUGGUUCCUAUGAUGCGUUUGUCGUUGAUAAUCCCGUACGUAGUGUCUUUCACGACACUCGCCCACGCUCCUUACUCCUGGAUACCACCUUGUCUCAUCAUUUCGUCCGUAGUACGGUCUGUUCGCUCCCUACUCAAAACUCGGACUGUAGCGAGCCGCAUGAAUUUUCUUAUGACAUACCCUAUUCUGCGACGCCCUAUGCGGAUGGCUUCCGAUAUACUAUUUCGAAUGAAAAGCG